AGAACCUGGAUCCUAAGAAACAACGGAGACAGAGGAAUCCUUGCCAUUCUCUUCUUCUUCUUUCUCCCUGUCUCUGUUCAAUUCAUUCUCGGGUUAUUUCUAUUGUCAGGAAUUUAUUCUUGAUCAACUAUACACGCUCAUUUAUUUAUACAUACAUAUCAGCAUGGCAUCCAUGCCUUUGCGGGCUAAAUCUGUACAUAAUUUAGAAGAUUUACGAAGCUGUUGCUUCGGUAAUACUCAAUCUUUGAUGCCUAACAAGGGUUUUGUGAGUUUUUAUAGCCGGAGCAGGAAUCAUCAAAACCAGAUUUGCCAAGCACCCCGGCUUAGUAUUAGUUCUGCUGCUGCCUCUGCCUCUGCCUCGGUUGUAAAUGAUAAUACUAACGAUUAUAGUUGCAGCAGCAGUACUCAUUUAUCUGUAUUUAAUCCUCAUUCAGCUUCAAUUUAUAACAAUGCUUGUAUUUCUUCCAAAAAUAAGAAAAGGGUGUUUGAUAAGGAGGAAAGUGAUUUUUCUGGGAAUCUUGAUCGCUGGGUUAAAGAAUCCGUUGUCGAGAUAUUGAAUAACCUCGAUGAAGCACCUUUUCUUGUGCACAUCUACUCUGAUGGCGAAGAGGCAUCUGUAUCCAUGAGCAACACCAGAUUAGUAAAAGAGAAGGCAGAUGCACAGAGCUGGCCCCGUAUCAAAGGAAGAUGGGGUGGAGGUAGCCCCUCUCCUAGUGGCAUUAUCUUGGUCGAAGAAAUGAGCACUGAAGAUGCUCUUAGCUCUGAUGGUGAAAACCUUGGAAGUUUGGGAAUGGAUUAUGAUUCGCGUUCUUCUUCAACCAAAGUAUGGGGUAUACUGAUUCAAGGCAAAGGUUCAACUUGCCCUGCUUGUUACAUCCUGAAAACUUGCCGAGUGAGGUCUAUUGCAGGGUUCUGCACUCACUUUUGUUUAGUGAGAGUGAAGUGCUUCUUUGAAAGUGUAGAUAUACAGCUCAAGAAAUUGUGGCUGGUGUAAACAUCUUAUUCUUAAUAUUCUAUUUAUUGAAUGAAAUAUACAGCUCAAGAAAUUGUGGCUGGUGUAAACAUCUUAUUUUUAACGUUCAAUUUGAUUGAAUCAAAUCUAACAAACCCUAUGAGAGGCCAUUCAAAA